ACCCAAUAAACAACCUACACCUCAGCCGACCUGCCACUCCCUCUGUGAUAGCACCGAUAUCAUUUCCUUCGUUCCACUAUCGCCACUCUCCUCCCAUCCCACACCGCCAGAGAUUUUAUACCCGCUUCCAUGGAUACCCCGCCAGCCCCUUCAUGGCUAAUUAGCUAAACAGAUCUACUCUACUAUUGAAUCACGCUCGUCGAUCUACCACAGAAAGACGCAAAGUACCGGCCAUCUUUCAUCGGUUCAGUAGUGAAAUCUCCAGAUUGGUACACAGGUUUACAAAUUCGGAGAUUUAACGCUAUCGACCCUAAUUUCGGAGCUCCAAUUCUUAGCCCAAAUCGAGAAACUAGGAUGAGUAUGAAGCAUUUCUUUUUCAGAAGAACAAUGAAAUGCUUAAGGAAGCUCAAUAACAGUAGGUUUUCAUCUACACACCCACAUUUCCCCCGAAAAUACACAACCACUCCAUCUUCCAUAUCAUUGCUGUUUUCUUCCAACCGUGGUAUACAUGUAUUAGUCAGUUCUCAGUUCUCAGAAUGCCAAAAGUCCUGGUCGAAUUUUAGUUCUAGAUUUUUUCACACUGCUAAUGAAGCUAUUCUAACUGAUUCUGAGACCGAGUCAGAGGACGAUGAGGAUUCAACUACAAAUGAGUUUCUAUCGAGAUUUGUUUGGAUAAUGCGGAAGAAGCUGAAUGAAUUUUAUCCUGAAGAGAAUAAGAGGACAAUUGAUGGGAUGCUUCUGAUCAUUGUCGAGAAAGUCGCUUCUGGUUUGGGAAAAGAUGGACUUGACCAGACUAUUGGCCAGGCAACAGAUGCCCCCGACCCAGAUUUUAGUCCGGAAUUGUGGAGAACAGUUUUGGAGGUGAGCAAUUCAGUUUUGGAUGAUAUGCAGAAAGCUAUUAGGAAGGAGAAACUAAAGGGAUUUCUUCAAUCAGAGGAAGUGAAGGAAAUGUACAGGUUUGCUGGAGAAAUAGGCAUCCGAGGGGAAAUGUUGAGGGAGUUGAGGUUUAAGUGGGCCCGCGAAAAGAUGGAGGAGAGUGAAUUUUACAAGAACUUGGAUCGGUUAAGGGAAGAAGACACAAUGGCAAGGACACUAGAAGAAGAAGAAUCAAAGUCUAUAACUUUAGAUAGGGGAAGUGUUGGGGAGGAUGCUAUUACUGAGGAUCCAUCAUCCCUAAGGAAGGUUGUCACACUCCCUAAGAGGCAUGGGGAGAUCAAGUACAAAAUUUAUGGUCUUGAUUUGUCUGGCACUAAGUGGGGCGAGGUGGCUGAUAGAGUUCACGAGGCAGAAUCCAUUAUUUCGCCGCAGGAACUGAAGCCCAUAUCCGGGAAGUGCAAACUUGUUACAGAGAAAAUUCUUUCAUUGCCUGAGCAUAAUGAUCAUGCUCCUCUCUUAGCUGAAUGGGUAGAUUUGCUCCAACCUAGUAGGAUAGAUUGGAUAAGUUUGCUUGACAAGAUAAAAGAACAUAAUGGUCAUUUAUACUUCAAGAUUGCAGAAUAUGUUCUGGGCGAAGAGUCCUUCCAAGCAAAUCAACUUGACUACUGGAAGCUCCUUGAUGCAUAUGCUAAAGGGAAUCAAUUCCAUGAUGCUGAGAGAAUUGUGAAAAAGAUGUACGACAACGGGUUUGUACCUGACGUCCUUACAUCAAUAACUAUGGUUCGAUUGUACUGCAAAGUAGGGAAUGCUGAGCAAGCAAACAAGAUGUUUGAAUAUUUGAGAGAACAAGGCUUCCAACCUGAUGCGAAGAUGUAUAACUCCAUGGUAAUGGUCUAUGUCAAUGCAGGCAAACCAAAAGAGGGCGAGAUAUUCUUUAGGGAUAUGCAGAUGAAGGAAAUCGAGCCACCGCGAGAGAUAUAUAUUGCUUUAAUGAGAUCAUUUGCUCAGCAUGGUGAUUAUGACUCGACGGUAAAAAUAUCCACUUUUAUGCAGUUGGCUGGAUUUCAGCCUGAUUCAGAAUCCCAAGCACUAAUCGUUGAUGCAUACGGGAAGGUUGGAAAAUAUAAUGAAGCUAGGAAACAUUUUGAUCGCCUGUUGAGAUUGAAAGCCAAGCCAGAUGAUAGAUGUACAGCUAGCAUGAUUGCAGCGUAUAUGAAGGGGAAUUGUUUGGACACGGCUGUGGAUCUUCUGCUUCAGCUCGAGAAGGAUGGUUUUGAACCGGGAGUUGCUACUUACUCUGUUAUGGUGGAUUGGUUCAGUAGAUUACAUCUCAUUGAUGAAGCUGAACAGGUCGUGGAUAAGAUUGCUAGGAUGGGUGAGACGCCUCCUGUCAAAGUCAAUGUUAGUCUUUGUGCAAUGUAUGCAAGGGGUGGGGUUGAGAAGAAGGCUUUGCAAGCUCUUAGUGUUGUGGAGGCCAAUAAGGAGUGUUUGGAAAUGGAGGACUUUGACAGGAUCAUAGAGGGACUUGAAUCUGGCGCAUUCAUGCGUGAUGCUCAAAGGAUUCGCAAAUUGAAGGAAACCCGAGGAUAGCUCUAUAGAAUUGUUUUUAUUGUUAAUUCACCAAGUCUAAGCCUCUACUGUUAUAUUCACGAGAAUGUAAGCUUGAUGUGUCCUAAAGUCCCGGACAUGUCAUCCGCACAUUUUGCAAGGCAACAACUUGAUAACCUUAUAUUCAACAAGCUCAUCAAGUUCAUAGCUU